AUGCUCUCCUCCGCCCGCCGCUCGCUGCCCCAUACGCUCCGUUCACGGGCUCCUGUGACUCGCGUGCAGACGGCCGCUAUCGCCUCAAUCAGUCGCUCGACCGGUCCGCUCCUCCAGCCGUCACUCCGCCCUCGCUCCGCAUUCGCGUUCAAGCCCGCCCCCUUCGCCCGCAACAUGUCUGUCGACGCCGCAGAGUCCGCCGUUCGUCCCGAGCCCGACAAGGUACUCCAGGACAUCGCGGACUACGUCCACGACUUCAAAAUCGACUCUCCUCUCGCGCUUGAGACCGCGCGGCUCUGCUUGAUUGACACCAUUGGAUGUGGCUUGGAGGGGUUGAGGUUCCCCGCAUGCGCUAACCUGCUUGGACCUGUGGUAGAGGGCACUGUCGUUCCCAAUGGCACCAAGGUCCCUGGCACAAACUACCAGCUUGACCCCAUUCGCGGUGCAUUCAACAUUGGCACUCAGAUCCGGUGGCUCGAUUACAACGACUGCUUCCUCGCCGCAGAAUGGGGGCACCCUUCCGAUAACCUGGGUGCCAUCCUGGCUGUCGCAGACCACCUUUCUCGCAAGGGCCAAACGUUUACCGUCGGGGACGUCCUUGAGGCCAUGAUCAAGGCGCACGAAAUUCAGGGAGGCCUUGCGCUUCUCAACUCGUUUAACCGCGUUGGUCUCGACCAUGUCGUCCUUGUGAAGGUGGCCAGUACCGCCGUGGUUUCGAAGAUGCUCGGUCUCGACCGUGCACAGACCAUCGACGCCAUCUCACAGGCGUUCGCGGACGGCCAGUCUCUUCGCACCUACCGUCAUGCGCCCAACACCGGGUCGCGCAAGUCCUGGGCCGCAGGUGACGCCUGUGCCCGUGCAGUGAACAUUGCUCUCUUAGUCCAGCGUGGAGAGAAGGGCAUGCCUUCUGUCCUCACCGCCAAGACUUGGGGCUUCUACGAUGUAUUGUUCAAGAGCAAGCCAUUCGAGUUCCAGAUGCCGUUCGGGACGUACAUCAUGGAGAAUGUACUCUUCAAGAUCUCGUACCCGGCCGAGUUCCACGCCCAGACUGCCGUCGAGGCUGCUCACAUCCUGCACAACAAGCUGAAGGAGAUGGGCAAGAGCUCUGAUGACAUCAAAAGCAUCCGCAUCCGCACUCAGGAGGCUGCCAUGCGUAUCAUCAACAAGAAGGGUCCUCUCGACAACUUCGCGGACCGCGAUCACGACAUCAACUACAUGGUUGCCUACCCUCUCAUCUUUGGCGAGCUCACGUCCCAGUCGUACACCGACGAGUCUGCCAAGGACCCUCGCAUCGACGUGCUUCGUGCGAAGAUCACUUGUGUCGAGGACAAGCAGUUCAGCACUGAGUACCACGAGCCCUCGAAGCGUUCCAUCGGCAACGCCAUCACCGUCGAGCUCAACGACGGCACCGUGCUGGAGGAGGUUGAGAUCGAGUACCCGGUUGGCCACAAGCGUCGUCGCCAAGAGGGCACCCCUCUCCUUCUUCAGAAAUUCGACCGCCACAUCAAGCCUCACUUCGACAGUGCUCGCCAGGCGACGAUCCAAAAGUAUGUAGACGACGCCGAGGCGCUCUACAAACUUCCCGUGGACAAGUUCACCGACCUCUUCGUCAAGGCCUAG